UUGAAAUAUUUUCUGGCGUUUCUAGAUGAACACCCUGUAAAAAUAACCUGCUACUAUAACUCUUCCACUUGUUCCAAGCCAUAAAAGUAUCAUCCCACAAGACACAUUCUACAAAACAAAAACAUCUCACAUCGUUAGUACCUGACAAAUCAAUGCGACAAGUGCUUUAGGUAGCAGAAUGAGCAAAACAUCCUUCUGCCUAAUCCAGUAUACGCGCUGAUCUUGUACCGGCAAGACCUUUUGGAAUUUUCGGGUCGUGGAAAAAAAAUAAAAGCUAUGUCGCUUGGAAGUCGUGUGUUGCAUUUAUUCGUUAUAAUAUCGUACUUUAUUGGGGCUACUAUAGUUAGUGCAAGGUUCUUGCAAUCUCCUUGCCCCGAAGUCUUCACAUACCAUUUGGAUCCGCAAACGAGAAACUACAUUGGUCGCAUCAAAGUGUACGAUAUAAACCCGGGAGAGGUAGCAAAGCUGAGUGUCGAUCUAUCAAUCGGAAUGCAACUGCCACCCAAACUAGUUGGAUCCAUUGCCCUGGUUAAAUCGCGCCAAGCAACCAUCGAGGACAUCAUCAACGGUCGGCCAGCACAGUACCGUGUAAACUUCCCGUUGCCGAAUCUACUGCCAACGGUGCUGUCAAUAGCCCUAAAUGAUGAGAUCAUUUGCCGAGGCUACCGAGCAGCGGGACGAGUGCUGACCGCCAUCAAUCUGGAGCACACUCUGUACACACAGCUGCACUCGCAAAAGCUGUCACAGAAGGGUAAAGCUUUACCUAUCGAAGAGGAUUCGGACACAGAUCUGAUCACGAGAUUUCAAGAGCAUGAGGUGCCAUCACAAUCGGCUGCGGAUGCCUUCGCUAGACCGAUAUCGGAACGGGCCAGCGUUGCGCCACCUCAUGCAACCAGCACGAAAAUGACCUGUGGUCGCCAGUCGAGCGCUUUUCUAAAGCAGUACACAUUGCACGGGGAACUGGUGAAAAAGGGUCAAUUCCCUUGGAAUGUUCCCUUGUUCGACCUAAUUCAGCAUCACAACCCCAAGUACAUGUGCGGAAGCACAAUCAUCACAAGCAAGCAUCUCCUAACGGCAGCGCAUUGUGUGUACGACAUCGACGAUUUCAUGGCGCCGGAAAGGCUGCUUGCAAUUCCGGGGAUGUACAACAUAGACAACUUUUUCGAAGAGAACGCACAAAUCGCCUACGUUGAAGCUGUCUUUCCCCACAACGAGUACGUGCACGAAGACGAUCUGAACGAUGCCGAUUUGGCUGUGCUGUUGCUGAAGAAGGAGUUAAUAUUCAACGAUCACGUUGUACCCAUAUGCCUUUGGCAGGGUGAGAACGACCUGCGGAGGAUUAUCGGCCAGGAAGGGUACCUCGCCGGGUGGGGCGUUACCGAGAAGGGCGUUACCACGGUUCCUACUUACAUCAAAACCACCAUCGUAAGCAGGCGCCAGUGCAAUUUGAAUCUGGAGCGAGUCUACCCGGGCAAUGCAAGGAUAUUCUGCGGUGACGGAAUGGGGUCCAGCCCGUGCAACGGUGAUUCUGGCAGCGGACUGGUGCUUAAGCGAGGCAAUCAGUACUACCUGCGAGGAAUCGUCUCGAGGGGAUUGGUUGAUCCUCGUACGCUCAAGUGUGACGUGACAAAGUAUACAGUAUACACCGAUAUAGCGCUGUUCAGGUUUUGGCUGAAAAGGGUGAUAGGAUGAAGUGGUUGUGUUUAGUGAAAAAUUAUGUGUUCAUGAGUAGGUGCUAAAAAUCGUCCAGUUUAUUCAGUUCAGUGAUCUUAGUGAAUAAUUAUGCAACCAGCGUAACAAUCAGCUGAGCUUGAAAAGUGUUAUCUUUUUAUCCAUUUUCAAUGUGAUAAGUUCUGAAUUAUGAAUUCAAUAGUCAUAUAAAAUACAUUAUAAAAACU